UUCCUCUGGAGGUGAUGGUGGUCGGCAGAGACAUGAUGGGAGGAGACCGCAUCCAGAAACAUUUACGGGUGGUGGUGGAUGGAGUUCAGAAGACUGAAGUAUGGAGUGCAGUGUUGAACCCAGCUGCUGAAGGAGGAGUGCAGACGGUUCGUGUGGGCCAGAUCGAACUAGAGUCAGUUGUGCCGAACUCAGUGCCAGAGACAUUCAUCAAUGUCAGAGGUAAUGUGUUGGCAGACAGCAUUGAUAACUCCAUCAGUGAGGACUCUUUGGCCUCUCUGAUCCAGAUGCCUGGCGGCUGCGUGGAGCAGAACCUGGCCAGCAUUACUCUGCCGCUCAUCGCCACCCUCUACCUGGACCGAACCAGCAGCUGGGACAGUGUAGGGGUGGAGCGCAAGGCUGAGGCUCUCCGGUACAUCAGGAGAGGCUAUGAGAACCAGCUAGCCUACAGAAAGAGUGAUGGCUCGUACCCCCCUACAGCAGAGAGGCGCAAGUACAUGGAUCACAGCAUACGUGGUGAAAGUUUUCUCCAUGGCUAACUCCAUCGUUGGCGU